ACCGAGGAGAGGUCCUGACUGCAACACACGUGUGGUUGUUAUAAUCUUCUACCUAUGGCGGGCUCGUUUUCUCAGCAGCUCGAGGAUUUGUUGAAUCCUUUGCCUAAAUUUGCGGAUCCAGAGGAUGAUGGUGACGAAGCGACCAAAGCCAGAGUCAUCGACACAUUCAGCGAGGACGACGGAGAAGAAGAGGUCGGCCUCAGUGCUCUGCGGAAGCGACACACGUCCCUGCUCUCAGACACAGACAGGCGAUACGCGGGGAAAGCAGUUUCUCGUAAACAGCUGCUGAUGGAUAUUGAUGGAUCUGGUGAGGAUGAUGAUGAGGAGGAGGAGGAGGAGGACGGCAGCAUAGAAGGGCUGGAGGAAGAUGAAGGAGAGGACUCUGUGGGGGAUGAAGAGGCAGAUGAUGAUGAGGAGGAGUUAGAGAGCAGUGAUACACGACUCGAUGCUGGAGUCGCAAAGACAAAGGGGUCUGAUGUGACCUUUCCUCAGGGAGUGGACUUCCACACUCUGACAGAUGGCAUGGAUGACUUGGGAGUGAGUGAAGAGGAUGAUGAUAGUGGCGACGAGACUGAAGGCAGCGAUGAAGGUGAAGGCUCUGAUGAUGAUGAUGAGAUGGAUGACGAUGAUGAAGGCGGCGAGGAUGAGGGAACCGUCCGCACAUUCUCGAAAGAGAAAGUAGACGAGGAGGUGGAGAAAGGGAAAGCUGUGAAGAACCAGCUGGCUCUGUGGGACCAGCUGCUCGAGGGACGCAUCAAACUCCAGAAAGCUCUGGUGACAGCCAACCAGCUGCCACAGCCACAGACUUUCCCAGAGUUCAAGAGGAGGGGUGGAGCUGAGUUUGCGGGGGCGCUGAAGAACACCCACAAAGCUUUAAAGGCUCUUCAGAGGUCCCUGCUGGAGCUGCACGACCAGCUGCUGUACCAGAAUGCAGACACGAGGACCAUCGCUCUGGGGAAGACAGGAGCUCAGAGUGAGGGUGAGGAGAUCAACAGUGAUGAGAACGAGGAUGAAGAGCGGUCAGCGUGGGCGGGUGGAGCGCCUAAACGGAAACUGGAGAUGGCAGAGUACCCAGACUUCAUGGCCAAACGCUUUGCUGCUUUCCAGCCUUACUGCAACGCCACGCUGCAGAGGUGGCACGACAGGACUCGGCUGAGCAUGGGUAAGAGCAGCAGAGGCUUCGGGGCGUUUGAGAGGAACAUACUGACGCAGGUGGAGCAGGUGCUGAUGGACAAAGAGAGGCUGGUGCGGCGCACGCAGACCCGCCGCUCAGAAUACAGAGUCCUGGGGAAAAAAGAGGUCUCAGCUGUCCCCUCUGAGACUGUCCCCACAGAGGGCGAGGAGGCACAGCAGCAGCUGAAAGCAAACACACAUCUCAAAGACGUGGAUGAGGACAUAUUUGAUGAUGACGAUUUCUACCACCAGCUACUGAGAGAGCUCAUUGAGCGCAAGACGAGUGCAGCGGAUCCCAACGACCAGGUGGCUAUGGGCAGGCAGUGGCUGGCCAUCCAGAAACUACGCAGCAAGAUCAAGAAGAAGGUCGAUACCAAAGCCAGCAAGGGACGCAAGGUCAGAUUCCACAUCCACAGUAAGCUGGUCAAUUUCAUGGCUCCUGUUGACCACAGCUCAGUGAGCGACGAGGCCCGCAGUGAACUGUACCGUGGUCUCUUCGGUCAAAACUCCUCCGUCAGGGAGUGACGUGAAACAGGUCCUCACGUGGAGCAGGUGCUGAAUGCCAGGAUGUAAACAAAGCAGUUUGGAGCAGAGACUGGGCCUGCUCUGCAUCAGACUGGGACAGGUCCUUCGUUCUGGUUUAACUGGAAUAAAAUGGACUCAGGGCACAUUCAGUUUUUAAUUGAUAGGUUUAUACUGAGGAACAUUUUCAGUGUGUGUUGUUGCAUAGCGGCCAGUUUGUGUGUAACAUGUACGUAACGCACAGUGAGUGUUCAGUGGACUAGAAGGAAAACAAUAAAUGUGUACUCUGCUGUCACUGGGUCUCAUAUGAAGUGUUUUAAAUAGUGAAGCAUCCAAACAAACAGCACAUGUUGUGUCCCAAGUCUAUACAACACACUGUGUGCAGUAUGCUAACGCUUAUACUGCUAAUACACUAAAAACUAACGGUAAAACAACACAAUCCUUCUGCUGUUCACAGAGAAACUGUAAAAUACUGAGUUAUUCUUUUACUUUGUGAGAUGCUCCUCCUCCUCCUCCUCCUCCUGCGGCUGCAGAGUUCCACCAUCAUUCCAGCUGUGAGCAUUUCAGCAUUGCAUCCUGGGAGAAAAGAGUCCAUGGACAGCUCAUUAAAAAGGAUUUCUUAGUCUGCACACUGCAUGUUAGUUUUUAUUUUUUUCACUUUUCUAUUGUGAACACACAACAAACAGAAACACUGCAGAGACUCAGGCUGCAGACACUACAUGCAGUUCAGGGCCACAGUCAGAACCGAGGAGCCAUCAGCCUGUCAGACCGGAUACUAAAACUGUCGAAGGUCAAAACUUUCUUGAUACUGGGAUUUUCAUGUUUAGUUGCUGGGAUAACAGUUAAAUGAUGUUUUUCCUGAAAUCUUUUUAUUCCCAACAUAAAUAUCUGAAUGUUUCACACAAGCACAGGAUAUAAAACAAUGAAUGAUGGGUCUUUCAAAACUGUACAAAUUCAAAGUCUCUUAAAAAGAAAUGAGAAUGUGCAGAUAAAUAAAGAGUACACAUUCUG